AUGCUAAUAUUCAGUGACUAAAAGGUUAAUCCUGUCGUCAUUGUUCUUUUAACCCUUUGUCACUCACAUGUGGUUUUAGUUUUUUCACUGCUCUCCAGAUAUAUCAGAAGAAAGAGACGUUCCGUUGACUGAUCACCAUGUACAAGCUAUUGUCAGUUCUGCUGCUCUCUGUGGCCCUGUGUGGGUCUGUUUCGUACGCCACCCCUCACCUCCUGGUGUCCAAGAUGAUUCUGAACGAGUACGUUGUGGAGGGCAAAGACCUGACCAUUCAAUACUCAGUGUUCAACGUCGGUACAAGCCCUGCUCAGACGGUUACUCUUGAAGAUGAUUCAUUUCCUAAAGACGAGUUUGUUCCUGUUAGUGGGAUGCUCACUGCAAAAUGGGAGAGAGUUAACCAAGAUGCUAAUCUCACCCACAUUGUGAUCAUAAAGCCACUGCAAGCUGGCAUCUUCAACAUGUCUUGGGCUCAGGUCACCUACACAGAUGCUGAUGGCAUUACCAAGUUUGGCUUCAGCAGUGCCCCGGGCGUAGUGGAAGUGGUGCCCUACACUGACUUCGCUCGUGCCCAUGAGCAUCACAUGAUGGAGUGGCUGGCCUUCAUGGUGAUGAGUGCCCCAACCAUCCUCCUCCCCUUCUUGAUGUGGUAUCGCAGUCACUCCAAAUAUGAAGACCUCAAGACCAAAAAAGCCUAAUUGUGAAUUGUCACUAGCUAUAAUUAUACAUAUAGGUUAUAUAUAAUUUUCUCCUUCUAUAAUUAUGUUCAAAGUGGAAUUAUAAUUAUUUAUGAUGCCUUGAAGAUAUCAGAUAUAAUACAUGUAUAUUCAAUAACAUUUUGUUGAAAUUUGUUA